UUUCAACAAUUUCAAGAUUGUGUUUUCUUUGAAUUGAUUCAGGUUUUUCAAGAAUGGUUUAUUGCGAUUAUUGCAUAAAAUUCAGUCGACCAGAUUAUUGGGAUGACAAAGUAUGUUGUAGGAACUGUGGGAAAAUCCUAUAUGAAGAAAAUUUUACAACUGAACCAACUUUUGUCAAAAUUAUGGCACGACAGAAGAAACAACUGGAAAGGGCACUAAAAUUGCUCCAUCCUGUGCAGAAGAAACAACUGAAGUGGCCUGCAGAAUUGAAAAUUUCAGCUCCUAAGAUGAUACUCGCGAAACCAGAGGAAAGUAAAAAUGUGGUUGAUGCACGCGAUAAUUUCUUUGUUCAGAGUGGGAAAAUUGAUCCUGAGACAGAAGAAAUUUAUGAAGAACCAGUUGAUAAUAUGGCAAAUUAAAGAUACAUAUUACAAGGAGGUAGAACAUUUCCAGGCAUAUUACUGGGAUUUUUAGUUAUAGACUUAUAGUGUUGGAUUACACAAUGUGAGGCCAUAUGAUUUCCAGGCAUUAUUUAUUGAUUCAUUAAGUUUUGAUAAUAGUUUAUCAGCUUUUGUUAUGAAUCUUAUUCCAUUAUAUUUCAA